CCUCCACCCUGACCAGCGAUUUAGGGAACAGCUUCGCUGUGACAGGAGGAAUCCGCCGGGGCAAGGUGGUCGGGCACAGCCGUCGGGAGAUCCGGACCGGGGUCCGAGCCCGCGGAGAGCCCAGAGCCUCCGCCGCCAUUGCGCCCAAAAGUGAAGAGGAUUUGCUGGCCCUGGCCGCGUCACGGCUGAGCCGCCGUAAGCGGGUGGCGGGCGCGGCCGUCGGGGUGGCCAUGGUGCUGCUGCUGCUGGUAGCCAUCCCGCUACUGGUGCACAGCUCUCGCGGACCAACACAUUACGAGAUGCUGGGUCGAUGUCGCAUGGUGUGUGACCCCCAAGCACCCCGAGGCCAAGGCCCCGACGGUGCUCCCGUCUCUGUGCCUCCCUUCCCUCCUGGUGCCAAGGGAGAGGUAGGUCGGCGAGGGAAGGCAGGCCUGCGGGGACCCCCAGGGCCCCCAGGUCCCAGAGGGCCCCCUGGAGAGCCAGGCAGGCCCGGUCCCCCGGGUCCUCCCGGGCCAGGCCCUGGAGGGGCUGCGCCCCCUGCAGGCUAUGUACCCCGAAUUGCUUUCUACGCGGGUCUUCGGCGGCCUCAUGAGGGUUAUGAAGUGUUGCGCUUUGACGACGUGGUGACCAACGUGGGCAACGCUUAUGAGGCAGCCAGUGGCAAGUUCACCUGUCCCAUGCCAGGUGUCUACUUCUUCGCUUACCAUGUGCUCAUGCGCGGCGGCGACGGCACCAGCAUGUGGGCCGAUUUGAUGAAAAACGGACAGGUCCGGGCCAGUGCCAUUGCUCAGGAUGCGGAUCAGAACUAUGAUUAUGCCAGCAACAGCGUCAUUCUACACCUAGAUGUGGGUGACGAGGUUUUCAUCAAGCUGGACGGUGGGAAGGUGCAUGGCGGCAACACCAACAAGUACAGCACCUUCUCAGGCUUCAUCAUCUACCCGGACUGAGCCCAACACCUUCCCACACACUCGCAUUCGCCUGUCCCUUUGCCCCCUUGCUCCAAUUCACAUCCAUCUCCAACUAGCUCUACCCAAGUCCAUCCUGUGAGAGCCUGCCUACUCUCCCCAGCUCCCCAGGCUACCUAAAUCUGCAGAUUCUUGGGACUCAAAGGUUUUAAGUGGCUGGGGGAGUUGAGAGGUGGGAAGAUGGGAU